GAAUAUAUACUACGUGAUACAUAAGUUGAAUAUUACUUUAAAAACUCACAGAAUUGCAACUGAAUUCUAUACAAGCAUCAAAAUCAUUAUUUUAGAAACAUUUACAGGAUUUUUAGUGAGAUAUUCAACUGAGGUUUUGUGACAUAUUACUUGAUUAAACUUGAUCAAAAUUUUGAAUUAAGAGAUAGAAAACAAGAGUGGUAUACAUAUUUUUAUGUGUUAGUCUUAUGACAGACUAUUAUAUAGAAACGGAUUCAUAUAUUAUGAUUUAAAAACGCCACAAACUAUCUGUAGUAUUGCUAAAGCUGCAAGAAUAUUCAGUAAAGAUAAAGUAAGCAGUAAGAUAAAGAGCAGUGUUGCUGUUUGAUCAAUCCGUUCGAGUUGAUAAUCAGUGGAAACAAGGCAACUACUUCAACAUGCCUGCAGGAAAACGUUUGUACCGUGUUCUCAGAGACGACGAAGACCCGAGUAAAGGACUGACUGCUCGAAAUCCCGAAGCAACUGAUGCAAAAGUAUCUUCCCAUGUGAACGGUUUGAAGAAGUCACCCUUUAUCUCUACUACAGCAUCAAAGCAGGCAAUUGAAGCUUUUUAUUGGCUGGCAAUAAAGCGUUAUAAAAAAUCAAAUAAGUCUAAAACGGAGAAAAGGUUCACGGUGGUACAGAUUGAUAAAGAAAAACUGUUAGAAGAAAACAAGAACGUGGAGGUGAUUGAUCUGUCAGAUGAUACAAUUCGGAAGAAAUAUUUAAGCGGAAAGGUGUUGAACUACGCUAGGAAAUAUGAAGAAGUCUUAGUGAAAGGUUUUGUUCCAGCUGAAUACAUCAAAGUUUUAGAUGUGGAGGCAAUGUCUGAUAGCGAAUCUGUAUCUGAAGGGUUUGACGAGAGCGAUUAUACAAUGGAUGACAUUGAAAGCCUGUCUGAGGGAACCGCUGGGAUAACCCUUGACUGACAGUUCAAAGGCGAUGCGUCAUUGUGGCCUUUUGUUUGGUCGUUUUGUCCUUGUGUGUUAGCUUUAGACUGUGCGUGCGCGCGCUCGUGUGUGCACGUUCUAGUGCUUUGAGUUGCAGUUUGAUGAAGCUGCGAUUUUUGGAACGUUGCUUUUCCUGUUGAAUAUUCAUUCUUUUUUAUUUAUUUAAUAAACUGUGAAAUAGAUCUGCUACACUUGUUAGUCAUUGUUAAAUGCUGGACAUUAUAACUUGAUUUUGCAUUGUUUUAUCCUUCCAAGAGCGCUUAUUAAAAGAAUAUAUAUACAAGAACGGCCAAUAAUAAUAGAAUUAGAUAAUGGAUAAUAAUAAUAAUUUAAAGCUGACUUAUUUACAGUGUAUCAGGAUGAACAUUAUACUUAAUUUUUAGACAAUACCUAAGAUUUUCGACAAUGAAAUUCAGAUACAUAUGUAAUAUCUCAUGUUAUUAUGAUAUACAUAAUAUUAUUUAUAUGCAUUAAUAUUUCCAUGUUCUAUCAUUGGCUUAGGGUAAAGAGGCAAGAACUUUUUUUGUCCAGCCAAUUUGCUUUUUUAUUGUAAUUUCUGAUACAAUUUAUCUAUUUACAUGUAUAUAUAUAUAGGCAAUAAAACAUGGUUAAAUCA